AUGAAUAAAGGCGCAGUGUGGGCCCCGCGGGGCACCACCUGGCGACUAGCAGAGCGUGGCUUGUUCACUUUCUCAGAGUUUGCCAUGUUGCUUCCUCGGUCCUUGAUACUGGGCCUUGCACUGCUGAGACCUGUCUUUACGAUCUCUAGCGGCAACUGCGUUUCUUUUGACUCCAAGGCCGGAGGAUUCCAGGUCGCAGCCACCGGUAGCGCUCGGGUGCUUGUUGCGCCGGAUGAAUGGCCGGGUGUAGUUCGUGCUGCUGGCGACUUUGCUAAAGACUUGAGCACAGUAACGGGAAAGACACUUACCGUUGUGAACGCGACUUCAUCAACUGCUUCUCAAACUAAAACUCCGAUUAUCGUUGGUACCCUUGGUCACUCGGAUUUGAUCGCAGCAGUGAUCAACUCCACAAAAUUGGAUGUAUCGGCCGUCUCUGGAAAGUGGGAGAGUUAUAUUGCUCAACAAGUGUCCGACCCACUUCCUGGUAUUGACAAAGCGUAUGUUAUCGUCGGAAGCACUAUAUAUGGACUUUACGAGCUGAGCGAGCAGUCGGGUGUGAGCCCCUGGUACUGGUGGGCAGACGUUCCUAUACAAAAACACUCCAAUGUGUACUUUAUCGGCACUUGCGCACAUGGCGAACCGACUGUGAAAUAUCGGGGAAUAUUCAUCAAUGAUGAACAACCAGCCAUCCAGUCUUGGGCACAGGAAAAAUUCACAAAUGGUACAGGCGCACCGUUUAAUCACCUAUUUUACGCAAAUGUGUUUGAAUUACUGUUGAGGCUUAGGGCCAACUAUCUAUGGCCUGCCAUGUGGAGUGGGAUGUUUUACGUAGAUGACGCCGCCAACGGAGCGCUGGCCGAUCACUAUGGAAUUGUGAUGGGCACGUCCCAUCAGGAGCCUAUGGCGAGGUCUACUCCAAAUGAAUGGAACCGAUCGCCUCGUGGGAAGUGGAACUUCACCUCUAACGCAGAGAAUGUGUCCAAGUACUGGGUUGAGGGUGUCCAACGCGUGGUAUCCUAUGAAACCGUAUUUACUCUUGGGAUGCGCGGGGAGGGUGACCUACCUCUCGAGGAAUCGACGAAUAUCAAGAAUCUUGAGACAGUGGUAGACGCUCAGCGCAAGAUUCUCUCCCAGGUCUACAAUACCUCGGAUGCAUCGACUAUUCCACAAAUGUGGUGUCUGUAUAAGGAAGUACAAUCCUACUACGAGGACGGGAUGCGCGUUCCGGAUGAUGUUAUACUACUAUGGGCUGACGACAACUGGGGAAACAUUCGUCGCUUCCCACUCGAAAAUGAGCGUAAUCGCACGGGAGGGGCUGGUGUUUACUACCAUUUUGAUUAUGUUGGCAACCCCCGAGACUACAAGUGGAUCCAGACUACUCAGUUAGAAAAGGUUAACGAGCAAAUGGUCCUUGCAUCAGAUCGUGGCGCGAACUCGAUGUGGAUUGUGAACGUUGGAGACCUAAAGCCGUACGAGAUGGCGAUUGAAUAUUUUAUUGCACUCGGUCGUGACGUUAACCGUUGGCGCGAACGUAGCAUAGGAAAUGACUCAAUCGAGACAUUUGUUACUCAAUGGGCGACUCGCGAGUUCAACCUACCGUCGAAAUCUACGGAAAUUGCAGGGCUAGUACGGAAUAUGACCAGGAUGAAUGCAAGGAGAAAGCACGAGCUUCUAAAUACUACAACCUAUUCCUUGGUCAAUUAUCACGAGGCUGAGAACAUUGUGGCGGCGUGGAAGGAUAUGCUUUCUCGAUCCGAUGCCAUUUAUAAAUCUUUGCCCUCGGGGGCGAAGCCAGCUUAUUUUCAACUCGUGCAUCAUCCAAUUCAGGCAUCGUCUAUCGUACAAGAACUGUACUACACCGUUGGCAGAAACAACUUGUACGCAUCUCAGGCAAGGCUCAGUACAAAUGACCUAGCAGAUCAAGCAGCCAAAAUCUUUGAUAGCGACUGGGAACUUGAAGAUCAAUACCACAAAUUACUCGGUGGCAAAUGGGAUCAUUUCAUGGAUCAGACUCAUCUUGGCUAUUAUUAUUGGCAGCAACCCAUGACGAACACCAUGCCCGCUGUAAAUCGUGUGGCGGCGAAGAAACAGGCGCUUGCUGGACCGAUGCGAGUCACUAUUGAGGGGUCCCUUGGUGCUUGGCCCGGAGACAACAGUAACCAAUGCGAACAAGGAUAUAAUUGCCCUCCUCCAUCGCUUCCUCCUCUGGAUCCUUUUACUCCCAGUAAGACCCGUUAUAUCGACGUCUCCGCUGGUGGGCCAAAUACAUUCUCUUGGACUGCAUCUUCCAACGCAUCCUGGCUUACCAUCACUCCCUCGUCCGGAGCUAUCUCUCCUUCAAAGCCGGAGACGCGACUGUCUAUCUCAGUGGAUUGGUCCAAGCUCGGGAAUUCUGCCGGCUAUGCGGCCAUCUCUCUUAAAUCCGCGGCUUCCAAACAGGUUGGAGGUGCUACUUCUGUGACCGUCAACCUUGUAGCAUACGGACGCUCUCCGGCUUCAGGGUUUAAAGGGUUUGUGGAGGGCGACGGCGGUGUUUCAAUCGAAGCUACCCAUCCGACCAGGAACUCGAGUACCGGAGGAGUGGCGUGGCAAGUCUUGCCUGGAUUAGGAAGGACGAAUGGGGCGGUCACUCCUUAUCCUGUACUUGCUAACAACGGGAAGGCGUUUGCCGCUGGCUCUGGACCUAGUUUGGAAUACGAUUUCUACACGUUCACUACCCCUAAAAACGGAAACAUUACGCUUACCUCAUUCAUUUCUCCCGCGCUUAAUGGAAAUGGAAAUGAUCGACCAGUUGGAUUUGCUGUACAAAUAGACUCGGCUCCCCCACAAUCCAUCUACUAUUCCCCUGUCACGAAUUCGCGGAGUGAUCCUCAAGGAUGGGGAGGUCCUGACGGAUGGGUAGCUAAUGCUAUUACCUAUGCCAAAACGACGCAUGCGGUUUCUCCAGGUGCGCAUACAUUGAAGGUAUGGAUGUUGGAACCGGCAGUAGUUUUGCAGAAGUUCGUGAUAGAUACUGGCGGAGUACGACCAUCUUAUCUUGGUCCCCCUGAAUCCAUUCUAGUAUAG